CAUUUCUAUCGGCAUUUCCGGCAAGGUAGCCAUUUUACUUUGGCAUCAUGCAUCGAGGAUUCAACAAAAAUUCAAACGGCAUUCCAAGAAAUGAAGCAGGAAAGCUGUUCAUUGGUGGAUUAAGCUGGGAUACAGACCAAGAUUCUCUGCUGAACUUCUUCAGUCAGUAUGGAGAAGUCAUCGACUGUGUGGUCAUGAAGAAUCAACAGACUGGGAAGUCACGUGGAUUUGGUUUUGUCACAUUUAAUGAUGCACAGUGUGUAGACACAGUCCUCUCUGCUGCUCCACAUACAAUUGAUGGCAGACAGGUUGAUGCCAAGCCAUGCAAUCCCAAGGCAGCAAAUAAGGGACCAAAGGAUGGAGGUGGAAGAGGACAUGGUGGAGGGGGAGGGGGUGGUGGGGGUGGAGACAAGGACAAAAAGAUAUUCAUGGGGGGUCUUCCCAACGUCGACGAAGAUUUCCUCAGGAACUUCUUUGGAAAAUAUGGAAAGGUUCUGGAUGUCAACAUAAUGAUUGAUCAGCAAAAUAAAAAGUCCAGAGGCUUUGGAUUUUUGACCUUCGAGUCAGAAGAUGCAGUAGAUCAAGUUUGUGCAGAACAUUUUAUAAACAUCAAUGGAAAACAGGUGGAGUGUAAACGAGCCGAGCCAAGAGACGGCCGAGAUAAUAAACAGGGGGGCUAUGGGGGUCGUAGAGGGCAUGGACAGGACAUGAUGGGGCCUCCACAUGGAAUGGAUGGAGGUUGGAACCAGGGAGGGAACUGGAACCAGGGUCCUCCCCCGCAUGGACCGCCCCCACCAGGACCCCCGAUGGGGAACAUGGGAUUCCCACCCCAGGGGCCUGGAGGAUAUCAACAGCAGCAACCUCCACCCGGACAGGGGUUCCCCCCACAGCAAGGCCCACCCCCACAGCCCAGUUACCAAGGAUACCAGUCUCCUCCGGGAUAUCAGCAAGGAGGGUGGGGAGGACAGCCCCCUAAUGCAUCACCUGGUCAACAAGGUGCCUGGCCACCCCAGUCCGCUGCACCCCCACAGGCAGUGCCCCCUCCUGCAGAUACCCAACAGUCCUAUGCUGGAUAUGCGUCUCCUCAGGCUGGAUAUAGCCAGCCCCCCACCACAGCCUAUUCACAGUGGGGAGCCACUGCCAGCUCCCCUGUGGCCCCUCAGCCAGCUGCUGCCCAGCCCCCCACCCAGCAGCCAGCCCAGCCCAGCUACAGUCCCUAUGGACAACCUCCAGCAGCAGCUGCUGCCCCAGCUACUCCCGGUUAUACCCCAGCCCCGGGGACUCAGUCAUACAGCUCACAUUACAAUGUAGCAGUCGCUGAUCCAUCCCAACCAGCAACACCCACAACUGCUCAAGCAGGAUACAGCACGUAUAACCCAUAUGGAGCCCCACAGACACCAGCUUCUGCUGUGCCUGACCCCUAUGCUCCAACUUCACAGCCAGCCACUGCCCCAGGAGCCCAGGUUCCCAUGGGAGUUCCUGACCCUUAUGCCCAACCCCCUGUAGCCCAACCUCCUGCUGCCCCUGGAUAUGGAGAUCCUCCAGGUUUUGGUGUGGCCCCACAACCAGCAGCUGGAUAUGGAGGUCAAGGUGAUGGACAGGCUGGGGGAUAUGCUGCCCAGCCCGGCGGGGGAUACCAGAGGCCCUCGGUGUCCUCGGCCCAAGGAUACCACCCAUACAGAAGAUAGAGGCAUUUGUUUCUGAACAGAGGAAAUUUUAAGCUGUUUGUUUCUGAACAGAGGAAAUUUUAAGCUGUAUUGUGUACAGCAUAUAUAGAGAUUACUCACUGAAUAUUAGGGCCACCUGUUGGUUAUAACUGAUGACAUUUUACGUCAUUGCUGAAUUGUAAACAGUGCUACUUCACCAUCAUCAUGAACUGGAAUGGAAUUUCAUCAUCUGUGAAGUACUGCCAUCUUGUGUGUAAAGCUAUUUUCUCAUAUUCAUAUUGUUUUUAAUGAUGUUUAAUUGUCAUUUACUUGUUCGUGUACAUGUGUUUUUUAUAUGCUCUGUAAAAAAUGUUAUUUUUUUUCAAAAAUUGGUUUUAGAAAUUGCUGGUUUUUACCAAAUGAUAAAUUUAAUACAUUACAACAUGUUUAAAGUCAGUCAAGAUAGGCAGCUAAUGUGGUAUCUUCAUUUUCUAAAGAAUGUACACUGUACAUGGUCAACUUCAGCUAAAAUAUUUAGAUAAUAAUUAAGGAAAUGCGUUUGAUUUUGUCUACCUAGUAGUAUGUUUGUGAAACUUCAAUUUAGAAUACAUUUAUAGACUUA